AUGGUCAGAAAAGCAAGAAGUGAUAAGAAAGGUACAACCUGUAAACGUUGUGGACGAGAAUGCUCAACUCCUCAAAAACUUCGUGAGCAUCUUAAGCGAAAAAAUCCAUGCAAACCAUUACAAAAGCAGAAGAAAGUAGCUUCUAUUCAAACUCCAAUUCAGGUGCCUAUUCAAGAAGCUAACCAACAGGCUUCCGAAAUCAAAGCACAAGUAGAAAGCUCUAGUGUAAAUAUGAGCAACAAGAAGAAGCCACAUGUGGUAAUUCCAACUUUAGUUCCUGAACUAGAACCCGAAAAGGAAGCUCCAGUACUUGGUGUCGACUACAUCACAGAAGAGGAGGCAAAGAAUUGGAUCAGUCCAAAUGCACGAAAGCCCAGAGAGCGAAUUAAGACAUGGGGAGCGAGAUUGCAAAAACGUUGGAAUGAAUUAGAUCUAGGUGUUGAGCUAUGUGAGGCAAAUGAUCUAGAUGGUUGUAAGACCCUUUUCCAUGAUCUUGAACUAAAUGAUCCAGAGGCAGUUCGUCUACCAACAUUAAAAGAGUUAGAGAAAUAUGAAAAGAUAUUAGAGCCUAAAGCUGGCCCUGGACCUAGAACACAAGCUCAUAGGAAUAAUAAAUCUAAGAAUUUGAUUAAUAAAGAAUUUGAGCGCUUAGGAGAAAUUACUGAUGAACAAGAAAGAGACCUAGAAUUUAGGGAGCAAGAAGAAUUAGGCACGGCACUCAAAAGAAGAGCUAUAGCCGUACAUCGUGCAAAAGUUCCUAGAUCUCAUUCAGAUAAUGGAAGUGAUAUACGAAAAAUGUUAGAAAGCUGA